AUGCCUCGUGGUCCGUGGAGGCGCACGCUUAUCUUGAUGACAAUCUUAGUGUUGAUACAGGCCGAAUAUCAAUCUACCCUGAGCAUUGAUGCCGCGACUCCUGAUGUCUCAAACCUGUUCAGCUUGGGUGCCUUCAGAAGCUCAGUCGCCCCUGAUGGUCUUGGUUCUAGAUGCCUUGUCACGCUUUACUCCGUUCUCGCGCCACGCAACUCCCCGUCUCAGUCGCCCCGUGCCUCGUACCUUCGACUCCAGUGUCAAGCCGCGCCCCUAGCAUCUCCACUGACGACCAAAAAUGGCUUUAUUCCCGAAUUCUGCUCGACGAACUAG